AUGUUUGCAAAAUUUAAGAGCGCAAACCAAACAAACAUCAGCCCAAUUGAUAACAAUCCAAUCACACAAUUCUUCGAAGUAGGAAAGUUAACUGCUUGUGCAGGACCUGAAUUAGUGUGGAAAAUACAUGAGUCGUUUCGUAAGAGCGAUGGAAAGGACUCUUCAUCAUCAGUCCCACAAACACCACCGAUACAGAGAAAUGCGAAUACAACGUUUAUGAAGGAAUACAAUUUCUUGGAUAUUGAACUCAAGUAUGGUAUCUUACAGAUUAUAGAAGCAUUAUCAUUUCUCCAUUACUCGGGCCAAGUGAUUCAUAGAAAUGUCUGUCCAUCGUCUAUAUUAAUUACGAAAAGAGGGACAUGGAAAUUAGCAGGAUUUGAAUUUAUAGAAAAGUGUCAUGAGACAGACGCUGUAGAGCCGAUAAUGUGUCCACCAUGGAGUACGCGUAUAUCGAAAAUGGCUCAGCCAAACCUCGACUUUACAGCACCGGAGAUCCAAACGAGUUCUAACUGUAGCAUAUUAAGUGAUAUGUUUUCAUUAGGAAUGGUCUUGGAAGAAAGUGUGCAACAACUACUUCCGAAAAUACCAGCACCAUUGCACGAAGCAACAACACGCUUAAUGUCUAAACAACCCGGACCACGUCCAACAGCACAACUUUUGCAAUUAAUAAAAUACUUUAGCGACCCAGCCGUUCAUGCUCUUCAAUUUCUCGAUGUAAUCAAUAUGAAGGAUCCAACACAAAAAGCUCACUUUUAUCGUAGCACAUUAAAGGACGCACUUCCUUUCAUUCCUCGAAAACUUUGGUGGCAACACGUUUGGCCCUUUUUACAACAAGAGAUGAAGGGUUCAGAAGUUCUUGCUGCAGUCUUACAACCAGCACUUGCAAUGGUACAGGAGUCAACAGCCAAUGAAUACGAGGAAUUCAUUUUACCAACAUUUAGGGUUGUGUUUGCUGCGCCUAAAUCAAUACAAGCCACCGUAACGUUACUAGAGAAUUUACAUAUAAUACUUGAAAAGACACCACAAAGCGACAUUCGUUCCGAAAUAUUGCCGCUUUUGUUCAAUUCAUUCGAAAGCAAUACAAUGCAAAUACAAAGUGCUGCUCUGCUCGCAGUAGCAAACGUUUACGAGUAUGUCGAUGAGAUUUCAAUAAGACGAAUGGUCUUGCCAAAAAUCAAAACCGUAUUUGAGAAGAAUCAAAGUGAUUUAAAAAUUAUGGCGAAUGUCUUGCAAUGUGUCGAGCGUGUCCUCGACAAAUUGGAAAAAUCUCAAAUAAUCGAUGAAGUACUUCCAAUGCUUUAUGAAAUUCGUUUUUCCGAUCCCGAAAUAAUUUUACGUAUAGUUCAUAUAUAUCGAAUAAUGUUAAGCGAUAAAAAGUAUGGAUUAUCUGUAAACAUGAUGGCAACCCGUGUUAUGCCUUCAUUAUUACCGCAAACCGUUAAUCCAUCAUUGAAUCUUGAGCAAUUUAUGAUAUUACUUGAAGUACUCCAAGAAAUGUUGGACUGCAUCGAUCGUCAACAACGUAACAAAUUGAAAUUAGAUAAUUUAUCAUUGCCAUCUCCAGAGAGACAUCGACCAUUAAGACAUCAAUUCUCAUCUGAUAAUAUGCACGUUCCGCCAUUUAAUAUUCCUAAUCUGAGGAUUGACCAAAGAAAAACUUCUAGUGCGGAAGACAUGGCAAGAAAGAAUUCAACUGGAUCUAUACGAUCCGGAAUGUUGGGGAGUUGGUGGUUCGGUGGUCCAUCAUCACCAGAUAGCAAUUAUUUACGCGUAGCAAAUGCAGCAUUUCCAAAUCGUCGUCUUUCAGAUAAUACUUUAAUGACACCAAAAAUUCGUAUUGCACCGUCAUGUGCUUCAUCACCAGGUGGAACUCCAGGAGGAGCAUUGCCUAUACGAAGACACUCGAGCAUCGGUCCUCAAGAAAGGAGAUCAUCUGCAAUUAAUUUAUCUCCACCGACUGGUGGAUCUAUGCCAAAUACGUCGAGCACAAGUGUUCCAUUUUUAUUAUCAUCAAGCAUGCAAUCAAUUCGUUCACGUCGAACAUCAACUGUGUUAUCCUCCGGACCACUUGGAUCAGGCUCUGGUUUAUUAUCACAAUUGGGAUCUGGAGUGGUAAGAAUUCCUUUUAAUGCCCCAACUUCCGGUAGCGCAAGUCCUGUUCACCAAUACAAUGGGACUAGAAGCUUUGUACGCAAAUGCCCCUCACUUAAUAUCACAUUCAGUAACUGAAAUUAAAAGAAAAAACUUACCGACUCUCUUUAUUUUUCACCUUUAAAACGAUCAGAAAAAAAAAUUUAUAAAUUGAAAAGAUAUUGCAAAAGAUUCACAUUGUUAAUAUAC